GAAGACUUGAUCAGGUGUAACGUGCCGUUAGCCUCUCAGUUGGCCGUGGUUACUCUAUAUGCGCGUUGCGCUUUUGUUUCAUUCGGCACCGCCUCUCGUUUUUUUCCCGAGUGUUUCCACCACUGACAAGUGACCGAAGAAGUGGUUGUCAAAAACGGGCCAACCCGGAUUAAACAUGGAGUAAUAAGUGACGGUGUUACCCCUUGCCUUAAGUGUAGUGCAUAACCUACUUGAUUAAAGACCUUUAAAAAAUUUCAAAAAAAUGAAAGGAAGAGAGAAACUUUGUGCAAAACUCAGCAGCGCUUUUCUGCGAAAGUGGUGGUUCGUAGUGGCGGCAUCUGUCGGGAUAAUUCUCUUUGGGGUCAUCGUUAUUAUUUUCUUCUCGAGUUGGGUGAAUUUAGUCAUAAAUCACGAAGUCACGUUGAGGAAUGGUUCCCAAUCGUUUGGAUGGUGGGCCAAACCACCCGUCGUCCCCAUGAUCAAAGUGUACAUAUACAAUGUGACCAAUGCUGAUGAGUUCCUUAACAAUGGGUCGAAACCCGUUGUGGACGAGUUGGGGCCUUACGUUUACGUCGAAAAAUGGGAGAAGAAAAAUAUUAAAUUCCACGAUAACGGCACUGUUUCCUUCAACCAGGAAAAAAUCUACACGUUCGACGAGUCUUUAUCCGCUGGCCUUGAAGAUGACGUCGUGGUCGUACCCAACAUACCCAUGUUGAGUGCUACAUCUCAAUCGAAGCAUGCCGCGAGAUUCCUUCGACUGGCAAUGGCCAGUAUCAUGGACAUCUUGAAGAUCAAACCUUUCGUCGAGGUGACAGUGGGACAACUGUUGUGGGGCUACGAGGACCCCCUUUUGAAGUUGGCCAAAGAUGUGGUCCCCAAAGAGCAGAAGUUGCCCUAUGAGGAGUUCGGGCUCAUGUAUAAUAAAAAUGGGACGUCGAAGGAUACAGUCACCCUGUUUACCGGCGCGUCCGACAUAACGAAAUACGGGUUGAUUGAUAAGUUUAAUGGGCAGUCCCAUCUCACCCAUUACACGUCCGAUAAGUGUAACAGCUUGAUGGGUUCCGAUGGGUCGAUUUUUCCACCACAUUUGACCACGAACAGUACCAUUUAUGUGUACGAUAAGGACUUGUGUCGGAUUUUGCCUUUGGUAUAUGAGAAAACGGUCAAAGGUAGCGACGACAUCCCCGCCUACCGUUUCACCCCUCCUCGUAAUGUCUUCGGUGACGUGGAUGAAAACCCCGAAAAUCUGUGUUUCUGUCCGCACGGCCCGCCCUGCGCCCCUUCGGGCUUCUUCAACGUGUCGCUUUGCCAAUACGACUCGCCGAUUUUACUCUCCUUCCCGCAUUUUUACUUAGCCAAUGAUAGUUAUCGCACCGCCCUCGAUGGCAUCUCCCCGCCUGAACCCGAAAAACACAAGUUUUAUAUUGAUGUGCAGCCCGUCAUGGGCACGGCCAUGAGUGCUAAAGCCCGCGUCCAAAUCAACUUGGCCGUGUCACAAGUGGUGGAUAUCAAACAAGUGGCCACUUUCCCUGAUAUCAUUUUCCCUAUUAUGUGGUUUGAGGAGGGGCUUGACGGUUUGCCCAAGGAAAUGACCGGUUUGAUGGGUUUGGCUACGACGGUUCCGCCCAUCGCAAGGGCGGCGCUAUCAGGCGUUUUGUUCGUCAUGGGGGCGGUGCUUCUCCUAAUCGCCGUCUGGAGGUUAGUCCGAGGGGCCAAUCGACUCAGUUCGUUGCAUCUAGCACCAGGUCACGUGGGACCGCCCACCAAUAAAAACAAAGACGUCCCAAUGGGAAACGUACCUAGGAAUUAAUUCGAGAGGUGAUUGAACGAACAACGAAGCAAUAUUUUCUUGUUAUAGGUUAGGACAAUUUGCUCAUUAAGGUUAAGUUAGUUAGGUGUUGUAUAUUCUAGUACAAAAAUUUGUUACUUGGUCGAAAUUGUGCCUUACACGUGAUUUAAAAAGACAAAAUGGCGGUUUUUUGUACAUUGUUAUUGUAUAAAUAAUUUUAGAAUUGAUUGUUGUAGGGAAAAGUGAUUUUUUUAUUUGUUUAGAUUUUUCUAUCGAGUCCGUCCCUUUUAAUUGUAUAGUUUCGAUAGUCAUUUUUUAUUUCAACUGUAUUUUACUGGUUAUGUGUAUAUUUGGACAAUAAACUGUAUUUUCUA